AUGAUUCACGAACAAGUCGUUAGCAACAUUAUACCGAGCCCUGGAUCUCCUCCCGGAAUGACCACGUCUAAGAGCUCAAAAUCUUCCUCCUUUCAGUCGCUCAACAGCGAUGACGGCAGUGUGUUGGCAGAUGUUAGCCACUUCGAAGACAUCGGCUUGGACGACGACAAUGUCACCCUCAAAGUCAACGUCCGCCCUGGGCCAACUCCAUUGGUGACGCCAGUUGCUCGUAACCUGGCCGGUGGAAAGCGACCUCCAGGCCCGAAGCCGCGACGAUCGUUUCCUAAUCUCCAUACCAGCGUCUACGCGUCCAACCCACGAAGCACAAGCCUCGCGGGGCUGACAGAUCCACGACCUCUUUCUUUGAACAGAGGACAUUCUACAGUUUCUUUGCCCGUCGCACGACGAAACCGCAGCACCAGUCCCAACUUGUCCUUAAACCCUAGAGAUAUCAACCUGCCGCCCAAGCCUCAGCCGCGACCUCGACGCGGAAGCUGGCAGGCGACUCGUCGCAAGAGCUUGCAAGAUCUGGAACACGAGUGCGACGAAGAUGAUGGCGAUGAUAUUCCUGAUGGCAUUGUGCUUGACAAUGUGCCUAUCUCUCCUCGACCUGCCAAUGAGCGUCCACCAAGUCGAGCUCCCUCGAUUUCACCGUCACCAGAUCGUGCGCCCAAGGAAAGGGUCCGAAGCAUUGGUAACGGCACACCGGCAGUAGCCCAGGCACAGGGAUCCCUUCGAUCUCCUUCGUGGAGGUCAGAUGCAUCGGACAAGCCGCCACCAAGCCCGGUCAAAUCACGAGCCAAUAGCUGGAACUUGGCCCUGGCUGAUUUGAACGCCGAAUCUAAGGCGCUGACCGAAAAGCUGGAGGAACACGCCGACGAGCUACAUGAGCGUUCCAGCCGCCGUCCAUCAGGAGCUGCCCGCCCAAACACCUGGAAUUCUAGUCAUAUGCCCUACGACCAUGUGUACGAUAAAAAAGCCCGAGUAAAGUCGUCAACUCCCGAAUUGCCACCGCUGCGGCGAACCGACAUCAUGAUAGAUCCGCUACCCAUAUCAAAGGAGAAGGAGGCUGUUCUCAGCCGUACCCGACCGUCUUGGUUACCGCCCAAGGAUCCAGCGGAAGAACGUCGCCACCUGAAAGAGUAUCAGAAGAUGAUGGCCGCCAGUGCCAAAGCCGACGAGAGGCGUGAGGCCGCUCGACGAUCAAGGACCGAGUCAAGAGACAACACUGCGGACAACCUUAUGCACAUUUGGGAAGGUGACAUCAUCCCACGAUGGAAUGACGCCAUACGUGAGAGACGCACAAGGGACAUGUGGUGGCGAGGAGUCGCCCCGAGAAGUCGCGGCGUCGUCUGGGCUCGUGCCAUUGGCAAUGAGCUUGGUUUGACAGAGGCUACUUUCCGAACUGCUCUGGCUCGCGCUCGUGAUUUGGAAGACAGAGUUCGCACCGACAGAGCAGAUGCUGAAGAUGCUAGGCGAGCCAAGUGGUUUGAGCAGAUUCGCAAAGAUGCAAGUGACAAGACUUGGAAGAAUCUUAAAAUCUUUGAAAUCACUGGACCUCUGCAUUCGUCAUUAGUUGAUGUGCUUAGUGCAUAUGCCAUGUACAGGAGCGAUAUUGGUUACGUGUUUGGGUGUAAUACUAUUGCGGCCUUACUUCUAUUGAACCUUCCCAAUGCCGAAACAGUGUUCAUCGCGCUCGCCAACCUUUUGAACCGACCAUUGCCUUUAUCAUUCUACACUGCCGAUGAAACAGCACAAGCCUCUGCUUAUAAUCUUGUUUUGCAGACACUUGGCCACAAAUCACUGCCGCUUCGCGAUCACCUGACUAAGACUAUGCGGGAUGUUACGCCAGAACUUUACUUGGGUGGCAUGUUUCUUAGCUUGUUCACAGGUCACUUGGCCAUUGAUGAAGCUGCGCGUCUAUGGGAUGUGUAUGUGUUUGAGGGUGAUGCCUUGCUAGUUCGAGCAGCCGUGGCUCUCUUGCUUUCCCGUGAAAUGGCACUUCUCGGAAGUAAGACUUCUGAUGAAGUCCUUGCUGUGAUCACUAGGGCAAAUUCGAGCACCGGAGCGGCAAGAGCAGUGGCUGCAGUUGGGGCUGAAGACCGGUUUAUGGCAGCCGUUCGUGAAGCUGGGAAGGCUUAA